GCAGUCUGCCCGAGCCGCAGCGGCGCUGUCACAUUUUCUUUGGCUCUCUGGGGAGAUAUCGAGCUGAAAGUGGUUAGUUGCCCCUGUGCCGAUUGAUUGGCUCUGCACUUGGCAUAAACAAAGGGCGCGAGUGAAUGAGCCGCUGUUGAUCAUCUCGGUGAAAGCAAAAAUGGGCGACGACGCCGUUGCUCUCAGGGACAAAUCCAACAACAGCAGCAAUAAUAUUGCAGCGUUCGACGGCGACGACUACGACUUUGUGAUCGACCGCGAGAAACGGGUGACCCGGAUGAUCUCGAUCGCCGACUUCCCGCCGGUGGCGCCCUUCGCCCCCGCACCUGCCGUCAUCAUCGAGGAGCACCCCGAGCCGCCCCCCUCGCCGAGGCCCCCGACGAGGCAUGUUGCCGCCGACCCGAAAGUUCCAAAACCAAAGCCCAGACCGACGGAGGCCGAAAAUGUGCCCAAAGCCGUGCCCAGAGACGGCGAACAAAAGACCAAACCCACGCUGAGCGCCGAACAUCCGUCGAGGCGGGUCCGAAAUCCAAAGUACACUCGAACCUACCCGUUGCCGAUGGCUGGACAGGACCCAAAGUGGCAGAAAGAUGCCGCAGACCAGAACUUUGACUACAUGUUCAAACUGCUCAUCAUCGGCAACUCGAGUGUGGGAAAAACGUCGUUUCUCUUCCGGUACGCGGACGAUUCGUUCACGUCGGCGUUCGUCUCCACCGUCGGCAUCGACUUCAAAGUGAAGACUGUCUUCCGCCACGAUAAGAGAGUCAAAUUGCAGAUAUGGGACACAGCAGGCCAGGAGCGUUAUCGCACGAUUACGACGGCCUACUACAGAGGUGCCAUGGGUUUCAUCCUCAUGUACGACAUCACCAACGAAGAGUCGUUCAACAGCGUACAGGACUGGGUGACGCAAAUCAAGACAUAUUCCUGGGACAACGCUCAAGUAAUUUUAGUGGGGAACAAGUGCGACAUGGAGGACGAAAGGGUCAUCUCGUUCGAGCGGGGCAAGCAGCUCGCCGAGCAGCUCGGCAUCGAGUUCUUCGAGACCUCGGCGAAGGAGAACAUCAACGUCAAGGCCGUGUUCGAGCGCCUCGUCGACAUCAUUUGUGACAAAAUGUCGGAAAGUUUAGACACCGACCCGAACCUAAUGAAUGCUCAGAAGGGCACCAGACUCACGGAAACUAAUCAAACUGGACCCCAGAGCCCCAACUGCAACUGCUAACUGUAAAUAAAUCAGCAUGCUUAAAACAACCACUUCGAGCGGAGAACAAGAGAUAUUCUGCAGCCAUCAUUCUUCAAAGCAAUUCCUUUAUAGCUUAAUUUUUUUAUUCUGUAAAAAAAUCAUUCCUCGAAAUUCAUUUCGCACUCCAUCUUAAAUAAUUAAUUGCAUCGCCUCUCGUUUGCGCGAAUCGGUUCCAAUCAGCAUCAGCAUAUCAAGAUAAUUAAUUUGAAUUUUCUCUUUUUGUACAUAAAUGUUAUUUUUUCGCUCCUUGGAUUUGAUCAAAUUUUAAACCAAUCAGGAUAUAAAUAUCUUAUAAAUCUAUCAGAGGAGAUGCGAAAUUCUAGCGUGUGGAUGGAGUUGAAAGAUUCUUUUCUGGUCCAGAGCCAGAAGUCUGCAAAAAUGCGGAUGAGUGGACGAGUCUAGUCACGUUUCGCUCAUGCAGGGUGUUUCCUCGUUGCUCGAUUCGAAACCGAAAUUGUAAAAACCAAACGAGUGAAUCUCGUGCAUGAGAAUAAUAACAAUACGCAAAGUAGCAAGUUAGAGUAAAAUGAUUUGUCAAAGAAUAUAUUGUUUGUUGAUUUUUGGGAAAAAAGAAACGAGCCUCGAUUAUAUUUUGGCGAGAGACUUUUUAUGAAAAUCGUUUACUAUUAAAUUUCGUUCUGCGCAUAAAUAUUCCGCUGAUAUUUAUGGGCGAUCGAACAAACAGCGCCAUGUGACCAAAGCAUUGUAAUUAGCACUAGUGUUAAGAAGAAGUGAGAUGGGACGAACGAAACACACCGGACUAGAUAGAAUUAUAGAGCGAGUGUCUGGUUGCGAGGCGAGAUUUUUUUCAAACUUUUCUUUCGAUCACUUAUUCCGAAGCACAAAUCGCGUUCCGGCUUCAGUUCCCAUCCAAUCAAAUGCAAAAACCUAUCGCUUGUAUGUACAUAUGAAAAGCAAAAAUCUAUAAAUUAUAAAUGUGUAAUCGAAAGAAAGAAAGAAAGAAAUAAUUGCCGAAUUUCUCAGGCGUGUAUACUGCUGUAUAAAAUGAUCGCUUUUCUUCACAAAAACACGCGAGUUUGCUGCGUUUUUCCUUGUAUUAAAAAGUGAGAACAAUUCUGGUCAAAAAAUUUACAUUUGCCUUGAAAUUGGUUAAAAAAAAACAUUAUUCAAAGAGAUAAUUUUUUCUGAUUUCUAACUAAAUUGAAAUUUUCGAACCUGUUUUUGAAUGGCCUUCACUAUUUGUUUGGACUUGCAAGCUUACACUUGGUGUCUGUUUGGUGUAAAACUGGAUCUCGUUAAUAAUUGUGAAAAAGACGUAAAUAGAAUUAUGCGAGUCUGUAUGAGAUGGUAACAGAAAUAAUAUUUAAUAAAACUUAUGACGAAAGCAAGCGAGUUAUUCAACGCAUUAAAAGAGGAGGAAUAUAAUUAUGUAUUUCAAUUCAGUCAAUUUGAAGGCACAAAGAGAAUCGACAUGAGGUCCAAAUGCCUUAUACUAGAUCUUGUCUCCACUGAACUCUCAUGAGAUUAGUAAAAAAAAAAAUGACACACACACUCGUACGGUUAUUAUUCUGUGUAUAAAGUAAAAUGUUAUAAUCCGAAAUUCCAAUCAUGUUAAAUAGUGUAAUCGCAAAUUUAAAAGAAGAAAAAACCAAAAAAUAGAGGCAAAAAUUACUAUCGAUGUUGAAAACGAGAAAUAAUUGCUGUGCAAUCGACUUCACUACAUACUUUUCAUUUUUGGAUAUAAAAAAUAAUAGAACAAAAAACUCUCUUCUCUCAGGUCAACAGAGCCUAUCAUCGCUGAUUGUUAUCCUCUAUUUAAAUUAAUCGAUUGAUUGACGAGAAAGUAAUAACUCGACGCAUAAAUGUUGAUUUUUCCGGGAAUUGCGUGGAAAAUUAAUGAGACGUACCACGGGUCGAGGUUAAGGUCUCUGGCUGGGUUGUGUCCUCCGAAUUCCGACGACGACGAGAUGUUUCUGAAAAAUUCCAUCCACAAAUUCAGUGUUUUAAUCAAUAAGGAUGCGAAAACUCUUUUGCUACUCUCAAGAGAGCUCAAUAAGAAAUCUUCAAUAAUAGCUGUUGUGUGUCUCAAAGAUGUUGCACCCCCUAUAAUUGUUAUGUAUUCAUGCGAGGAUAAUUCAAUUUUGUGUGUCAAUUUAUUUAUUAUCUUCUCCGGACGAGAUUUUUCUUUUCAAACUGGUACUGGGCCUAAAUAAAUGCGACACUCGAGGACACGACCCCCGGAAAUUUUGAAUUUCAAUGUCAAAUCAGAAUUCAAUG